CACCAACCACACACUAAACCCGAAACGCACCCGGGCCCACCUGUCAGCCACAGCACGGCCCGCCUUCCUAAUCUCGGGUCCGCGACGCGAGGCACCAAAAAGAUCCACGAAUUUUGUUAUUAGUCCCCAAAAGGUCUCUUCGGCGGCGGCGGCGGCGGUGGCGAUGUCUCUCCCCCCGGACGGCGGCGGUGGCACCGGCGACGACUGGUUCCUCGACUGCGGCAUCCUCGACGACCUCCCGGCCGCGGCCUGCGGGGCCUUCCCGUGGGACGCGUCCCCGUCGUCUUCCAACCCCAGUGUGGAAGUGGGCAGCUAUGUGAACACAAAUGAUGUCUUCAAGGAGCCCAAUGAUGUCUUCAAGGAGCCUGGCAGCAAUAAACGUUUAAGGUCAGGAUCCAAUGAUGUGCCAACAUCUAAAGCUUCUAGGGAAAAAAUGAGGAGGAACAAACUGAAUGAUAGGUUUCUUGAAUUGGGGUCUACAUUAGAACCAGGGAAGCCAGUAAAAGCUGACAAAGCUGCUAUCCUAAGUGAUGCUACUCGCAUGGUUAUUCAGCUUCGUUCAGAAGCACAGCAGCUCAAGGAAACUAAUGGUAGCCUUGAAGAAAAGAUUAAAGAACUAAAGGCUGAGAAGGAUGAGCUUCGUGAUGAGAAGCAGAAGUUGAAAUUAGAGAAGGAGAGUUUAGAGCACCAGAUGAAGCUUAUGACCUCAACUCCAGCCUACAUGCCUCAUCCGACCCUGAUGCCAGCGCCUUUCCCUCAGGCGCCCUUAGCACCAUUCCAUGCCCAGGGGCAAGCUGCAGGGCAGAAGCUGAUGAUGCCCUUUGUCAGCUAUCCGGGGUACCCAAUGUGGCAGUUCAUGCCGCCAUCAGAAGUUGACACCUCGAAGGACAGCGAAGCGUGCCCUCCUGUUGCGUAAUUGCUUCGGUCGACUGGCCACGCUUGCACCAUGUGAAUUAAUCACAACUGAAGCCCCCCCCUAGUCGUUGAUCCAUUGAUUGGGUAUAACUAUUUGUUCUUAUGUGGUAGUUCAUUGGUAACGAAGUAAAGCUGCUGAUGUAAGCGUCCUACUAUAUAGAGGCUACUACUGCUGCCCCUUCAAUGGCUGUACAAUUUUUGUGGAGAAAAGAAGAAUGUUCGUUCUUGUUCUCCAUAGCAACAAUGUGACGCUAUCUAUAUGUCAUAUAUAUUUCAUAUUUAACGGUGUCGUGACUUGAGAGUCAUGUUUGUGAUACAUACAAGCAAAUUGUCUGGCAUGAAUAUUUAGAACA